AACUAGGAUGUAAUUUUACCGUAUCACCCCUCCCCUCCACUUUAGGGUUUCGUAUUCACAGUCUCGGGUCCCUGCAAACAGAAAGUGUUCUGCAAAACGCAACGGAGAAACCAUGGCGGCUACCCAGAUGAGCAAAAAGCGAAAGUUUGUUGCUGAUGGAGUGUUUUUCGCGGAGUUGAACGAAGUGCUGACUCGAGAGUUGGCGGAGGAUGGCUACUCCGGAGUCGAAGUUCGUGUCACACCGAUGCGGACAGAGAUCAUUAUCCGGGCUACUCGUACUCAGAACGUGCUUGGAGAGAAGGGUAGGAGAAUUAGGGAGCUGACUUCAGUUGUUCAGAAGCGUUUCAAGUUUCCAGAGAACAGUGUGGAGCUUUAUGCUGAGAAGGUCAACAACAGGGGCCUGUGUGCCAUAGCUCAGGCUGAGUCAUUACGUUACAAGCUGCUUGGAGGCCUGGCAGUGAGGAGGGCUUGCUAUGGUGUUUUGAGGUUUGUUAUGGAGAGUGGGGCCAAGGGAUGUGAGGUUAUCGUAAGUGGAAAGCUCCGUGCUCAGCGUGCCAAGUCAAUGAAAUUUAAGGAUGGGUACAUGAUAUCCUCUGGGCAACCUGUCAAGGAGUACAUUGAUUCUGCUGUGCGGCAUGUUCUUCUUAGACAGGGAGUACUUGGUAUCAAGGUCAAAAUUAUGCUUGACUGGGAUCCAAAGGGCAAGCAAGGGCCAAUGACACCAUUGCCGGACCUUGUCACCAUCCAUCCCCCGAAGGAAGAAGAGUAUAUUCCUCAAACUGUAGCACCUCCCGCUGUUGAAGUAGCGUGAAACCUGAGCUGAUCCCUGAGCAAAUAGAAUUAUCACCUAUAUUUGCUGGUGGAUAGGGGCUUGUUGCCAUUAUUCUGUUAGAUUAGAGUGAUACAUGUACUCGUAAAGGGACCUUGUCUAGGACCUGCUCACUGAACUGCCAGUGAUACUUGUGCUUUCAUUCUUACUCAGCGAUCUUUUUGGAUGCUAAAUUAAAACUAUUCUGUUGAUUUUAUAUCACUUUUGUAAUGUUUAUUGUAAAAGAAGUCAGGAAAUAUCAUUCGCUCGUCGCUUGGCGUC